AUGCGGUGCCACAAGUUUUGGGGACCGUGUUCGGUUGGAUUUUAUAUUUGGACGGCCAUCCUUUUCAGAGGAUCCUUGCAAGGGGAGCACCAGAGGAGGCUGUACAAGGAGCUGAUGGCUAACUACAAUCGAUUAGAGAGACCUGUGGUCAAUGACUCAGCUGCCAUCCUGGUGGAGCUGGGCCUCACGCUGCUGCAGAUCAUUGAUGUGGAUGAGAAGAACCAAGUGCUGAUGACCAACGCCUGGCUGCAGCUGUACUGGACAGACAUCUACUUGAGCUGGAAUCCAGAACACUACCCCGGAGUCCAGAACCUUCGAUUCCCUUCAGACCAGAUCUGGACGCCUGACAUCCUCCUUUACAACAGUGCGGACGAGCGGUUCGACGCCACGUUCCACACCAACGUACUGGUGAAUGCGUCGGGUUACUGCCAGUACAUCCCCCCCGGCAUACUUAAGAGCACCUGUUACAUCGACGUGCGCUGGUUCCCCUUCGAUGUGCAGAAGUGUGACUUGAAAUUUGGUUCGUGGACGCACAAUGGCUGGCUUCUCGACCUGCAGAUGCUGGAUGUGGACACAUCCACUUACAUAUCCAAUGGGGAAUGGGAUCUUGUUGGUGUACCAGCCAAGCGUAAUGAACUGUACUACGAGUGCUGCAAGGAGCCCUACCCCGAUGUGACGUUUACAGUCACUAUGCGCCGCAGGACUCUAUAUUAUGGACUUAACCUGCUCAUUCCCUGUGUGCUGAUCUCUGGCUUGGCUCUGCUGGUUUUCCUUUUACCUGCAGACUCCGGAGAAAAGAUCUCUCUGGGCAUCACUGUGCUGCUGUCGCUAACUGUCUUCAUGCUUCUGGUAGCAGAGAUCAUGCCUGCCACGUCUGACUCGGUUCCUCUCAUAGCUCAGUACUUUGCCAGCACCAUGAUGAUUGUGGGAAUGUCUGUGGUGGUGACAGUUAUCGUCCUGCAAUUUCACCAUCAUGACCCUCAUGGGGGCAAGAUGCCUAAGUGGGUUCGGGUGGUUCUGUUGAAUUGGUGUGCCUGGUUUCUCCGCAUGAAACAACCUGGUGAUGAGCGCAAGCGGCCUGGUUACAAGUACCGUCACACCACCCACCACCACUCCAGCACCAGCUCCAUAGAGAUGGGCACGGUACCGAGCCUCACUGUGCCCCUGUCACAGACGUCAUGCCCGCCCUGCCCCACAGGCACCUCCAACGGUUCCAUGAGCCUCUACUUUGGCAAUUACCACCCCAUAGAAAACCCACACUGCCCACCAUCCAGCGACUCCGGGGUGGCACUAGGGGGACGCGUCCACGGUUCCCCCAGUGAUGACGCCGAGCCACCUGGAGGGGUUGGCAGUGGCGUUGCAAGUCUGGGGAUGGGAGUUGGAGCUGGGAUGGGGGUAAGCAUUCCCCCGCCAGAGAUCCAACGCAUCUUGGAGGAGGUGUCGUACAUAGCGCAGAGGUUCCGGGACCAGGAUGAGGCCGAGGCCAUCUGCAGCGAGUGGAAGUUCGCAGCGGCGGUGGUGGACCGGCUGUGUCUGGUUGCCUUCUCCCUCUUUUCCAUCAUCUGCACCUUCACCAUCCUCAUGUCGGCUCCCAACUUCAUAGAGGCUGUUUCCAAGGACUUCACAUAA